UUCUCCACACAGGUCGCGAAUUGCCGCAACCCGCGCAUGGGGAUCGUCGCCGACGAGUUUCACUCGGUUUAGUACUUCAUAAUCCUGGUUAGUGCCGCGCCGAAGAGCCCGCCAGUGCUAGUGCCUCGAUUUUGCCGGAUUUAGCACCCCUUGAGUUCGCCGAAAUCGGAUGAUCCACGGCCAACUAUUCAACUAAGCCAUUCCGUUCAUUUCGACCGAUCCAAAAACACCUUCGACAAGUGAAUGUCAAUCACCCGCAGCAACCUUAGACCGCGCUCGAUCUCCUGCCUAGUACUGCCAAGGCGACGUCGCGAGGCCAAGCGUCGGCCUAAACCGGUCGUCAGUUUCACCGGAAGGUGAAAAGUGGAUUCACCGAGGGAGUUUGGACAAAAACGCGUACUUAUGUUAAAGAGGAGGCCGAAGAAAGCCCGCUUCUUUAUCAAGUAAGCCGUUCCCGAGAUGACGAAGUACAAACUCAACGGCGACGGCCGUCGAUCGGGUAGUCAGGUUACCCUGACGUCGUAUAUGGUGGGGGAGGGUUACGAGAACGACGGCAGUCACAACGUCAGCUUCAACGGACCAACCAGCCAUGAACCUGAGAGGAUUGCCGUUGGCAAUCAGCAGAAGUGCGCCAAUGGUUGUUCGAUGAAGAAUGGCACCACCGUGUUAGACUUCCCAGAGGACAGGUACCUCCAGCGCCGCCAGGUGACGUCUUUCAUCGUUAAACCCACAGUGAAAGAAUGGAUAAAAGACAGGAUAAAAAAGGGUUGCAGGAAAAAAGUCCUCUACAAGCGAAUACCUAUCCUUUCAUGGCUGCCCCAGUACAACCUGGAAAUUGCAGUGUCUGAUCUAGUGGCAGGUUUCACAGUUGGACUGACUGUCAUACCUCAGGCGAUAGCUUACGCCAGCGUUGCUGGACUGCCUCCUCAAGUUGGUCUCUACUCGUCUUUUAUGGCAUGUUUCGUCUAUACGAUAUUCGGUAGUUGUAAGGAUUCACCCAUAGGACCCACAGCGAUUUCCGGUCUGUUGACGAGAGAAAAUAACCAUGGGAUGGGUAUUCCUGGGGCGGUGCUCCUGUGCUUCCUCAGCGGCUGUUUUGAGUUCCUGAUGGGGGUGUUGCAGUUAGGUUUCUUGAUAGACUUCAUAUCGGGACCCGUAUCGAUAGGCUUCACUUCAGCGGCUGCCAUCAUCAUUGCCACCACACAAGUGAAAGAUGUUCUAGGUUUAAGUUACCCCGGAGGAAAGUUCCUAGAGGUAUGGGAGCAGAUAUUCGAACAUAUCUCAGAGACUAGACUCUGGGAUGCUUUGCUGGGAUUUUCCUGCAUGGUGGUGCUGUUAAUAUUGAGAAAGGCCAAAGACUUCAAAAUCGGACCCGAGGACGAGAAAGAGAGGAAACCUAUACAUUCCGCCCUUACAAAAGUGGUGUGGCUGAUAUCUACGGCUAGAAACAUAAUAGUGGUGAUAGUUUCCGCUUGUUUGGCUUAUUUUUUUCGGAUACAUGGGCAGGAUCCGUUUAUAUUAACAGGUUUUGUGAAGCCAGGCCUUCCAAAUUUCGCCCCACCUCCAUUCAGCACCCAAGUGGGGAAUACAACUUAUAGCUUCCUCGACAUGGCCUCCAGUUUGGGAUCUGCGGUGAUUGUCGUUCCUCUACUGUCGAUUCUGGAAAACAUAGCCCUUGCCAAAGUGUUCUCCGAAGGUAAGACCAUCGACGCCACCCAGGAGAUGCUGGCGCUGGGCAUCUGCAACAUCGCUAAUUCCUUCGUAAGCUCGAUGCCCGUAUCGGGAGCUCUUUCUCGAGGAGCUGUCAACAACGCCAGUGGCGUCAAAACUACUUUCGGAGGCGUCUACACGGGGGUGGUGGUGAUUCUCUCUCUGUACCUUUUCACCCCGUACUUCUUUUAUAUUCCAAAAGCCUCGUUGGCCGCCGUCAUCAUCGCUGCCGUCGUCUUCAUGGUGGAGCUUCAGGUCGUCAAGCCCAUUUGGAGAACGAAAAAAACUGAUCUGAUUCCUGCCGUUGCCACAUUCCUAUCCUGCUUAUUCCUGAGACUGGAGAUUGGAAUCGUCAUAGGAAUAGGCAUCAACGUGAUAUUCUUGCUGUACGCCACUGCCAGACCUUCGGUUCACGUGGAAAAAGUAACUGGCUCUAGUGGUUCUGACGGCUGUGAUUACUUAGUGAUAACUCCAGACAGAAGCUUGACAUUCCCUUCAGUGGAAUACGUUAGGGCUCUGGUAUCCAAAGCAGGGGUGAAACAAGGUUCUAGCUCCAUACCGGUCGUCAUAGAUGCCAGGCAUAUACAGGGUGCUGACUUUACAGCAGCUAAGGGUAUUAAAUCGCUCAUAGAAGACUUCCACAAGAGGAACCAGCCCAUCCUCUUCUACAAUUUGAAGCCGAGGGUCAUCAGCAUCUUCCAGGGCGUGCAGCCAAAGGAUUUCGUGUACUGUCAGACGUACGCAGAAUUAAACGAACUCUUAAAACAACACACCCCUCAUUCCUCUAGCUCUGUACGAGAGAACGGUGAUGCGAUCAGAAAAUGAUGUGAUAGCGUUAUAUAUUUUUUUUUGUUGUUAUCUUAGUGUUAUUUAUUAAUUGAUAGUGUUUCUGUAGGUGUAAUUAAUUUAUACGUAGAAUUGUAGAAAUUGUUAGUGCGAAGUCUGUAUAGAAUUUUAUACUCUCGUUUUUUUAAUUAGGAACGAAUGGAAUUUUUUUUAGUAAUUACUUUCACUUGUAAGUGAAUAUUGAUAGUAUUAUUUUGUAAGUAUU